AUGGGGUCCGUGCACACCCUCCUCUGCCAAGGCCUCCCGCUCCCCGUGCUGGUUCUGGCCCUGCUCCUCCUUGACUCUCUGGGCGACGACUUACUUUUUCACCAACUGGAAUUUGACUCCUACGAAAUCAUCAUCCCCAGGAAGCUGAGCUUCUGGCGAGAGGAGCAGGGUAUCCCCAAUUCCGUGUCCUACCUCCUGCACUUAGAAGGUAAGAAGCACAUCAUCCACCUGUGGCCCAAGAAACUUCUGUUGCCGCAACAUCUGCGCGUUUUCUCCUUCACAGAACAGGGCCAGCUGCUGGAGGAUCACCCUUAUAUACCCAAGGACUGCAACUAUAUAGGUUCGGUGGAAGGGUUUCAGGACUCUGGGGCCACUCUAAGCACAUGCAUGGGGGGUCUCCGAGGCAUACUGACCAUCGAUGCCAAACAGUACCAAAUCGAGCCCCUCAAGGCCUCGUCCACUUUUGAACAUGUCGUGUAUCUCCUGAAGAAAGAGUUAAGCAAUCAGACCUGUGGUUUGAGUUAUGAUGGAACAAAAAGGCAUAUGGCCCAACAGGAGGAUAUGGCUAGGAUAAGGGACUAUUCUGGAUCCUAUAAACACCGAAAGUAUUUGGAAUUGGUCAUGGUUUUUGAUGAGACUAGAUAUCAUUUUUUGAAUUCCAAUCUUUCUAUAAUUGUGUCUGAUGCCAUUAUUUUGACUGGGAUUAUGGACACCUACUUUCAAGAUCUCAAUAUGAGGAUAUAUCUAUCAGCCAUUGAAGUAUGGACAGAUCACAACAGAGUAGAUGUUGAACACUCUACUUUAGCUGAAGUAUUAAACCAAUUUGUACAUUAUAGAAAAAACACACUAAAUUCUCGGCUCCCUGCAGAUUGGGCACAUUUCUAUAUUAACAGAAAAUAUACAGAUGCCCUUGCAUGGUCCUGGGGAAGAGUGUGUAGUAGAGAUGCAGCUGGAUCAGUAAGUAGCUUUCUAGAUUUAAAUGUCCUUGGACCUGCCACUUGGACUGCUCAUGAACUGGGUCAUUCUGUGGGAAUGUUACAUGAUGAAGAAUACUGCCACUGUAGAGGUAGGAAGAGUUGCAUCAUGGGCACAGGACGAACUGGGUUUAGUAAUUGCAGUUACGAAUCUUUUUUUGCAUACGUAUCUGUAGCAGCAAAAUGCCUAAAUAAUAUCCCAGAUCUAGAUACUCUGUUUACCAGAUGUGGAAACAAGAUUGUGGAACCAAAAGAGGAAUGUGAUUGUGGUACACGCGAUGAAUGUCAUGACGACUUGUGUUGUGGAACUAAUUGUAAAUUUAAACUGGGAGCCAACUGUAGCAUUGGACUUUGCUGUCACAAAUGUAACUUUCUUCCAUCUGGAUUUAUGUGUAGGCAGGAAGAAAAUGAAUGUGAUCUUGCAGAGUAUUGUGAUGGGACCUCAGGUUUCUGCCCAGCUGACACUUACAAGCAGGAUGGGACCCCUUGCAAGUAUGAAGGCUAUUGUUAUCGUAAGGGGUGCCGAUCCAGAUACAUGCAGUGCCAAAGCAUUUUUGGACAUGAUGCUAGGGAGGCACCUAAUAAGUGCUAUGAUGUAAUUAAUUUAAAAGGCGAUCAAUUUGGUAACUGUGAGAUACAAGAUGUCUCUACAUAUGUAAAGUGUGAGAAGGCAAAUGCGAUAUGUGGCAGGCUGCAGUGUAUAAAUGUCAAAAAGAUCCCUGACUUGCCAGACCACACAAUUAUAAUAUCCACCCAUCUGCGAGAGGACAAUCUCAUGUGCUGGGGCACAGGCUACCAUCUAGCCAUGAAGCCCAUGGGGAUACCUGACAUAGGUGUGAUAAAUGACGGCACCUCCUGUGGUGAGAACCGGGUAUGUUUUAACAAAAAUUGUGUCAAUAACUCAGUCCUGAAGUUUGACUGUUUGCCUGAGAAGUGCAAUGGCCGAGGUGUUUGCAACGCAAAGAAACACUGCCACUGCAUGUAUGGCUGGGCCCCUCCAUUCUGUGAGGAGGAGGGGUUUGGAGGGAGCAUCGACAGUGGACCCCCAGGACCACAGAAGGAUCAGGAGUCCUCAACAAUUCAGGUUAUAGCUAUUAUGCUUUUGCGCCUUAUUUUACUUGUCAUCUCAGCAAUUUUUGUGUUUUUCAGGCAACUUAGAGCAAAAUCUUCACAAUCCAAGCAGAAAAUACAACCAACUAAGACUAUGCCAACAGAUCCUGAGCGAGAAAUGCCAAGAAAUGAAUAA